AUGAUGCGAUUCGCGUGUUCACAACUUACAGUUGAGAGAUUGGAUCCGUUGGUGAACCCGGGCCAGAUUGGAACACCUCAUACGCAUCAAAUUGUAGGUGGAAACUCUUUCAGACCAGACAUGGAGCCCGUGAAGUACGACCUGCCUACAGAGUCUACCUGCACAAGCUGUACUUUUAGUGAAGACUUCAGCAACUACUGGACCGCAGCGCUGUACUUUCGUGCCCGAAAUGGGACGUACAAAAGAGUGAAACAGGUCUCGAACGGUGGCCUACACCAAGACGGGGGCCAUACAGUUUAUUACAUCCCGACGUAUGAUGGUGUGAGCAACGUGACGGCCUUCGCUCCGGGCUUUCGUAUGCUCGCGGGAAAUCCCAUGCUACGUAAUACCACAGGAGAAUCUCGAGGUAUUUGCCAUCGCUGUUUGUUCAAGGACCAGCAACCGUUCGGUGGCGCGCCAUGCACGGGUAAUGACACGACACACCUGCCCGAUCACCAAUGUGAGGGCGGAAUUCGGACGCAAGUGACAUUCCCAACAUGUUGGGAUGGCAAGAACCUAGACUCGCCUGAUCACCAGUCGCAUGUCGCAUAUGCCACCAUUCCCUUCGAACCUUACGCCGACCCCGUGGUUAGCCGUCCAUAUACUCCGGAGUUGGAACGUGGGAAAUGUCCCGACACGCACCCAGUACAUUUGCCGCAGCUCAUGUACGAAGUGAUUUUCGACACCACGGAGUUCAACGGAGAGGGAAUGUGGCCGGAAGACGGAAGCCAGCCACUAGUAUUCAGCAUGGGUGACGCCACCGGACACGGGAACCAUGGUGACUACAUGUUUGGAUGGAAAGGAGACUCCCUCCAGCGCGCAAUCAACGCGAGAUGCGACAACGAUCAUUGUAAGGAGCUGACGAGGCAGACGGAUGAGGAGGCUAUGAAGUGUAAGAUUGCACAAAAGGCAGUUGAAGAUGUAGGAAAUGACAAUUGUAAGUUGAGUCUAAGAGAGGGGAGUAAAGUUCGCUAA